AUGGCCGGAGGUGGGUUUGUUUCUCAGUCCGGUGGUAAGGUCUAUGAGGGAGGUGUCAAUGCUUUUGUUAUUAUCACUUGUAUGGUUGCAGCCAUGGGCGGUCUCAUCUUUGGAUACGAUCUCGGAAUAUCAGGAGGGGUGACUUCAAUGGAAACUUUCCUGAAGCAAUUCUUCCCAUCAGUGUAUGAACAACAAGAAAAGGCGGCAGGAGGGAACCAGUACUGCAAGUUUGACAGCCAGCUCCUAACAUUGUUCACAUCUUCACUAUACUUGGCUGCAUUAUUUGCCUCUUUCUUUGCAUCAACCGUAACCAGGGCUUUUGGAAGAAAAAUGUCAAUGCUGGUUGGAGGCUUAGUCUUCUUGUUGGGCUCAAUCUUAAACGGAGCUGCUGUCAACGUCGAAAUGCUAAUCAUCGGUAGAUUGCUACUCGGAUUCGGCGUCGGCUUUGCCAAUCAGUCGGUUCCAGUUUACCUUUCGGAAAUGGCACCCGCAAAAAUCAGAGGAGCUCUAAACAUCGGCUUCCAAAUGGCCAUUACCAUAGGGAUCUUUGUGGCAAAUCUAAUCAACUACGGAACAGCACAGAUCAAAGGCGGAUGGGGAUGGAGGCUGUCCUUAGCUCUUGCAGCCGUGCCAGCAAUCAUGAUGAGCGUUGGCGCGCUGUUCCUACCCGACACCCCCAACUCGAUCCUCGAGCGAGGCAACACGGAGAAGGCGAAGCAGAUGUUGAAAAAGAUUAGAGGUUUGGAUGAUGUGGACGAGGAAUUUCAAGACCUUGUGGAUGCAUGCGAGGCUGCAAAGAAAGUGCAACACCCUUGGAAGAACAUCAUGCAGCCAAGAUACAGGCCUCAGCUUGUGAUAUGCAUGUUCAUCCCAUUCUUCCAGCAGCUCACAGGAAUCAAUGUCAUUACAUUCUACGCGCCGGUUCUCUAUAAAACUCUCGGGUUCGGCGACAGCGCAUCGCUCAUGUCUGCGGUGAUCUCGGGCGCAGUCAAUGUCGUGGCGACGAUCGUAUCGAUCGUGACGGUGGACAGGUUCGGUCGGAAGUUUUUGUUCCUGGAAGGAGGUAUACAGAUGUUCAUUUCCCAGAUUGCUGUGGGAUUGAUGAUAUGGAAGAAUUUUGGAGUCAACGGUGAAGGAUCAAUGUCGGGAGGAAAAGAGGCUGAUAUCUUACUGUUUCUAAUCUGUGUCUACGUGGCAGGGUUCGCGUGGUCGUGGGGGCCGUUAGGAUGGUUGGUGCCAAGUGAGAUCUGCCCGCUCGAGAUUCGGUCGGCGGGUCAAGCAAUCAACGUGUCGGUCAAUAUGUUGUUGACUUUCUUCAUAGGUCAACUGUUCUUGUCAAUGCUUUGCCACAUGAAGUUUGGUCUGUUCUUCUUCUUUGCAGGGUUUGUGGCGGUUAUGACCGUUUUCAUACACUUCUUCUUGCCUGAGACAAAGAAUGUCCCAAUUGAGGAAAUGAACGGUGCGUGGAAGGCUCAUUGGUUUUGGGGGAAGUUCAUUCCGGACGAUGCUGUCAUUGGCCAUCAUCAUCCUUCCAAUGUCGAGCUCUAUGGCAAGGUUGUCUGA